AUGGACGAUGAAAAAUAUUUUACUUUGUCCAACUCUGAGAUGAAGGGUAACGAUGGGUUUUACACGAACGAUUACGAAAAUGUACCUGAUGAAAUAAAAUUCAAAAGUAAGAAAAAAUUUGAGGACAAAAUUUUGGUAUGGUGUGCAAUUUCUAAGGCUGGCUUUAUCUCACAGCCCUACAUUGGUGUUGUUCGAGGCGAAGCCUUAAACGCAAAUAUUUAUAUUCAAAGAUGUCUCUCUAAAUUGCUUCAGUUUGUGAACACACAUCAUGCAAAUGAUCAAAUAGUCUUUUGGCCAGAUCUUGCUUCAUGUCAUUACGCGAGGAUCACAAGGGACUGGUACGAAACUAACAACAUUACCUUUGUACCGAAAGCAGACAAUCCCUCCAACCUACCUCAGGCUCGUCCAAUUGAAGAGCUCUGGGCAAUAUUAAGUCGGAAAGUCUAUAAUAACGGAUGGGAAGCGCAAAAUCAGGAACAGUUAAGACGCCGCAUAUAUACAAAAAUUAGAGAAAUUGACGCCGAGGUCGUCCAAAGGAUGAUGCAACGUGUCAGGGGAAUUAUUAGGCAAAUCGGAAAUAAUGGUCCCUUUUCUGUCAUUUGA